UCUACUAUGGCGGAAGCCGAACAUUGCUGGAAAAGAACAAGGCGUUAUUUUGCAUCCUUUGGUAAUUGCAUUAAGUGUUCCUGUUUCAAGAAAUCUCGUAACAAUGUUCAAUUUCAAGAUAUUGGUGAUCGAGACUCAGUAAUCCGACUUCCUGUGAGUCGAAGGGCAGACUUGGUCGCUGGAAUGGUACCAGCCGAACGAUGGACCUCAGCACCUACCUACAUCAAUAUCAUACCGCCAGUACCUCCACCACUUCCAGUUCCAGAGACACCUAGGAAACGGCGAUCCAGCCCUGGCCGACUCGAUUUGAAUACAAUCGAGAGGAUUAAGUCAGAAUUGCAAGAGACGGAAAAGAAAAUGCGCGGAGAGGAUACGUGACCAGUCAGUCUAUGGUUAAAUUUCAACUGCCAUGGAUAAUGUACUUUUCUGUAAUGCCAUACAUAGAUAUAUAAAAUAUAAUAGAAUUAAUAAAAUUUGAAAUCAAAAUUAAUAUAUCACGGUGACAGACAGCUGCAAUAAUAAAGGACUUAUAGAAAAACAUUAUAGAUUAGUAAGUUGAUUAUUUGUAAAAAUGAGUUAUUUGUCAUUUAUGUCUUCACUGCAAAGCAUGCACACGUGUAACUAUUUUUAUCGAGUAAACGUAAACAAGUUAGUCAUUAAGCUACUUAGCAGCAGGUUCUUAAAUGCCUCUAUACUAAAUAUAUGCAUGGAAAUUAAAAUGGAAACAUGUGGAAGAUUUUACAGAUUAAGUUUAUUUAUAAAGUUUGACUCAUUAUAGGCUCAGCUUUGCAAUUCUAAAAUAACAUACUGUACAAGUUUCUAUAUAAUGUAAUUUUUAGUUGCAGUUUCCUCAUUUCAACAUAAAAAACGAAAAUACAAUUAUUUUAAAUGGAUUGAACACUAGAUAUAACACACAAUAUCCAGAUGUGCACAAAAACAUAUCGAAGUUGUUUUUAAUUAAUUUAAAAGGUUAAAAUCCUUAGUUGGUAUUCAUUAGGCUUUAAAUUUAUCAUUAAAUACAAAUAUUGCAUGUUUUAAAAUAUUUUUUAAACUUAUAAAUUUUGUGUAUUUAUAAAAUGUGAUUAAAUUUUUCAUUAAAAUAAAAAUAAUUUAAACUACUUUAUGUGUGAACAAUUAUUAUAUUGAGUUUUAGUUUAAUUUCAGGAUUGUUACAGUAGUAAUUUCUCUAUUACCAUGUACAUUUUUUG